AUGCAAAGAGAGACAUUGGAUGGGCCGAAGCAAUCGGCUUCGAACUACUGGUCCGCACCCUCGCCUCUAUCCCUGGCAUUAAUGACAACAUCAUCGUCUACGGCAAUAACACAGGAGUGGUUGAAGGAUGGUGGAAAGGAUGUCACCACAACAAAGCCGUCAACGACAUUUUCAAACACAUCCAUGAAUUCAUUCUCUCUCUACCCAGACGUUUCGAAAUCCGUACGGAAUACGUCCCCAGCGAGUCAAACCCAGCCGACCAUCCCUCCAGAGGACAAUAUGGGCCUGAACACCUUCUACUCCCUGCAACACACAUUCCCCGCCAGAUCCAAGACUCCAUUGUCGACGCAAUUGCCCCUCUCACCCCCACAGAGUUUCGCCUAUUCCGAGACUGGAAGUACUCCUCUCCAGCAGCCAAGCUCAUCAACCAUACCCUCAUCCAUCAACAAGCCACUGAACGAGCUAGAGCCUGCCAGGCAGAAGAAGACCAAGUCAUUUUCAACGCCAUCUCAGAAUAAUGCAGCCACCUCCCGCACCCGUUUUAAUGCACCAUUAGCAUCGAACCAUCAACUCAACCCAAGCCUACCCUCCCCUCAACAAUACAAAACUGGACUCACCCCCUUACCCUCCCCUCUAAGACCACAUUGUCUCACUCGCGAAAGACUUCAAAAGUGGACACCAUCAGGUGGCAAUGCAUGUCUUGCCUCCAUCAACUCACCAAACCUGACCAUAACGGAUGAACAAGUUGACUGA